AUGCCUCAACGCACUGCAGCAGCUGUCCUUGGGCUCCCCGACUCUUUUAACGGCCAUGCACUUGCUGUUGCUCUACUAACAUCAAUGGCGUUGUCUCUUAUUACAACCGGGCUGGUCGCACCUGCCGCAGGACUAUACCAGCUAUUUGUCCUCAUUGCGGUCGCCCCAGUGACCUUCAUAUACCACAUUACUAUCGUUUGUCUACUGCGCAAACAUCGCGACGAGUCCAUAAAAUCAUCUCUCGUUCCUGAAUGCCUUACACGCAAGACCAACAUCGGAGUUUUGGUGCUUUGCGAGCUUGCAUGGAUAGCCGGUGUAGCCGUUGGAUUUUGGUUCUACGCCAAAUAUCAUACUUCGACAGAUAUGACCAACUGGACUGAGCUUGCUAUGACAUCUAACGUGAUCGCGGUAUUGGAAUGCCUUGUGAUCCUUGCCGUGAUCGUGUUUUGUAUUCGGGCAAGGAACGAGAAGUCGCAAACUCCUGGAGAACUGAAUUUGACACGAUUAUCUUUUUGUUGUGACAUAAUCGUCAACAUGAAAGGCGCCGCUGCUAUCACUCUGUUGGCUGCCUUGCCCGCUGCACUUGCUGCUCUCUCUUCUUCCAGCCUGAAAAUUAGUGAUGAUACUCUCGCACUUCCUGCGUCGUUCGAUCCAAUCCAAGCCGCAUACUGGACUGGUCUUCCUAACCAUCGUCGCACACCUUUGCCGUCUCUCCGGAUGGCAAAUCCGCCUUCCUCGCCUUCCUCAGCGCUUCCAAAGAUGCCGUUUACGUCCAACCGGAAGCUGGAGGAUUGGUCGCCCAUGAUGAUGGUUUCGCAAUCAUGGUUACACUUCCAGUUUCAGGUUCAAACGCACCUCCCAAUUCGCUUGGUCCACUCCCUUAAUGGCCCAGGAGUUCAUGUCAACGAUGGUUUAAGCGCCAGCCCCGACAUGAACGGAGACCUCGUAUACUCUUCCGAGUCUGGUCUCUAUGGCGCCUACUUCGUUGUUACUGCUUAUAGCGGCUGGGCGUCUGGCCACUUCGGAGACUCGAUCCAGUAUGUCAAUAACGAUGGCAAACUCCAAAGUCUCCCACAAAGCUCGAGCUGGGGAUGCUCCCAUAACACUGGCAUUGCUUUCGAGGCUGCAUCAGCUGCACCUUUCGCAAGUGUAUGCGCCGAGGAUCAUGGUGCGAUUUGGCUGAACACCGAUACCCGCUCUAUGAACGGGAUCAAGAUCGCUAACGAGAAUGUGACCAACGGUGUCAGCGGUGAGCCCAGUAAUGGCGGAAUGAGUGGAUCGUAUAGCAACCUUGCUGCCCUCGAUGGUGGUCGCUACAUCUUUGCCUGGCAGUCCCGUGGUGCCGUCAACUUGACGCCCGAUUCCUGGAUGGGUGAUGGCUUCACCCAAGCUAGCCCCCGCUGGCUCAACCACAACGUCGCCAUCGCCACCAUGGAUGCGAAGAACAAGCUCGCUGGUAAACAAGCCAUCUCGACUGUCGGCGCUGCAUCAGGUGAUGACCAAGUCAACUGGCUCACCAAGGAAUCUGGAAUCGAUCACCGCAAUGUUCGUGUCGCCGCUGCUGGUGGCCAACUUGCCGUUGUCACCUGGGAGCAGCUCACUAGCCCCAAGUGCGAGCCUGUCCCUCUCAGCUGCACUGGAACCUUUUCGGGAACAUUCGCUCAACUCGUCGAUGCUACCGGAACUGGCUCUACCGUCGGAGCUGCAGUUAAUCUCGGAAAGGACGUUACUGUUUCUGGCGAUAUUGUUACAAUCGGAUCCAAAGUUUGCUGGCCGUUUGUUAAGCAAACCUGGGAUAUUUCUCGUCCCAAAUCGAGCGGAACCCCGGUUACCAAGAUGUCUUUCGCAUGCUUGACCACCGACGGUACCGCUGCAAAGGUCGAGGCUGAGACACCCACUUCCGAGGCUCCCGCUUCUACUACUCCUGCUGCCAGCGCCACUGCCACCGAGACCUCCAUCGCCGAGACCGGGCCCGCUGCUACUUCGGUUGCUGAGCCGACUUCUGUUGCACCCGAACCUACAUCGGCCGAGUCUGAGCCUACCUCUGUGGCUGAGCCUGAGCCCACUUCCGUAGCUGAGCCUCAGCCUACAUCCAUUGUCGAGCCCGAAGUUACCCCUGCUGUCUCAGAAACUGUGUCUGCACCAGAGGCUUCUGCCACUGAGCCGAUUCCUUCUUCUGUCGCAGAUGUCUCCAGCACCCGUCGCCAUCGCCCAACUAGGUACUGGGGGCGUCCCCAUGGGCAGGCCACACCUACUGAUUACCACCAGCAGUAA